GGAUAAGUUAAUACACCACACAAAGUAAAAACCCAACAGUCAACCCAACCCAACCCAGACUCAAAAUGAAACUCACCUGCGACCCAGUCCGCGCCAAAACUCUCAUCUCAGCCUUCCAAUCCGUCUCUGAACGCGUUAGCAACGCCGCCGGAACAAGAAAUGUGUGUUCAUUGCCCCUCAUCUAUAUAAAAUCUAUGUCACACGUGCUUUCUCUGCAUCCUCUCAACCAUGUUUCUAUGAUUUAUAUUCGAUUCACACUGAAUGCUACAUACCACAAGAAAGCUAACAUGAAGUUCAGGUAAGAUUAGUAGCAGUAUCUAAGCUCAAGCCAGCAACCGAUAUCCUAGCCCUUCAUGAACAGGCAAAUGUAGAGCAUUUCGGGGAGAAUUAUGCGCAGGAGUUGAUGGAAAAAGCGGAGAUUUUGCCGAGGAGUAUUAAGUGGCAUUUUAUUGGAGGAUUACAGAGUAGUAUGUUGGUUUCUCUUUACAUGAACACGCAUCUGUUGGCUUGGGAAGAAAAUGCAGUUUUGAGAUAUGGAAUGAGUCACAUGAUACUAUUGCAAAUUAGAAUUUGGGUAUUUUCUAAGCCCGAUUGUGCUUCAGAGCUCUGCCUAGGCUAUUUGAAGGGGUUUUCUUCUGAAAAGUUUCUGAGAAAUAUCCAACUAACCGCAACUGACAGAUAAAUGCAAACCUCUCGCCUCCACAAUCUCCAACCUCUACCUCGUCUCCUCCGUCGAUUCCCAAAAGAAAGCCUCCCAACUAUCCCUUGGACGAUCACUGCUUCCCGUUCCUGCUGAUUCAAGCUCACCUCCUUCUCCCCUAAACAUUCACAUUCAACUCAACACGUCUGGCGAGUCCUCCAAAUCCGGCGUUACCCCCGGAAAGGAGACAACCGAAUUGUGUAAAUAUGUUAUUGAAGAAUGUCCGUUUCUGAAGCUGGUGGGUUUUAUGACUAUUGGUGCGAUAGCUAGAAGUCAGAUGAAGGAAGGAGAGGAAAAUGAGGAUUUCAUAGUUUUGCGUGAGGAGAGGGAUAGAGUGGAGAAGGAGUUGGGCUUAGAGGGAUUGGAAUUGAGUAUGGGGAUGAGUGAGGAUUUUGAAGAGGUGAGUUUUGUUUUUGUUUCUUCGAUUCUUUGCUUCCUUCCUUUUGCCUCCGAUUGUGGAGUUAAGGAGUUGUCGUCUAAGACAUAGAACUAAUGGCUUUUAACAGGCAAUCCGACAAGGCAGCGGAGAAGUCAGAGUCGGCAGUACAAUAUUUGGACAAAGGCCUGCAAAGCAAGAUUUCAAGGUUUUAUCCGAAGUCGAAGGCGAGCAAUCCUAGUUGUGUCAUAUCCUGUCUAAUCCAGGAAAUACACGUUCUUGCUCUCCUCUAUCCUAUGACUACCAUACAACUCUUUUUGCUUUGCGCUCAUCUUGAACACCAGCUACACAAUUAGCGGGAAACAUGCGAGGAUUGUACUAUUACGAGAUCUGUAUCUUGGUGCAGUGUUGAAGAUGGAGUUGAAGCUAUAUUCAAUGGAUAUCGGUAUCGCUCGCUAGAGGUUCAAGAGGUUACAAUUUUAACAUCACAUUCGGAUAGGUACUAGAUGCACAGCAUAUACAUAUAUAUUUAUUCAUCAAUAUAUA